GAUUACCAUAACUACAAAAUGUUAGGCAGUGAGGAAGAACUCGAGCCUCAGACACAUUCGGGAAUGACGAAAGCGGAAUUGAGGAGGAGCAACAAACCGAUUAUGGAAAAACGACGACGUGCUCGAAUUAAUCAAUAUCUUGAUGAACUGAAGAAUUUUAUACUCGUUAGUGAAAAAGACCCAACUAGGCACUCGAAGCUCGAGAAAGCCGAUAUCCUCGAAAUGACGGUGAAGCAUAUACAAACGAUGCAGCGGCAGCAAUUGAGUACCGCCGUCGCCAACGAUCCGGUGGUACUAACGAAAUUCCGUUCCGGAUUUUCCGAAUGUGCUACCGAAGUAUCACGAUACAUCAACCGCCUCGAGAACGUCGACCCUGCCAUCAAGCAACGAUUGGUAUCACACUUGAACAAUUGCGUGAGCCAUCUCCAGCAAAUGGCGCCAUUCUACAGCCAGUACGUGCCCUACAUGCCGGAACGUCUCUAUCCGGAGGUAAAGGUUGGUUUCCAGAGCGAUUUCCAGAAUGGGGAUGAGAAUAACAACGGUAGCGCGAGAAUACAGAUACCGAAUGGAGUCCAAUUGAUUCCGAGUCGACUGCCAACGGGCGAAUUGGCAUUCUUGGUGCCGCAAUCCGCCGGGAUCUCCGCGAAUUUUCCCUUUUUUCCACCAGCUACGGAUACAUCUACAAGGAUCGGUCAAUCGUCGGCUUUUACCGCCGUUCAUCGGCCACACACCCCAUUACUAAGCCCUUCGACUUCCACGUCGAGUUACGGCGAUGAGAGUCAUCAUUCGGAACAUCCACGGGCGACGACGCCUAACCAUCAUCAGCCGCAACAUCAAUUCAAAUUACCCGAACAGAGUCCUGCGUCCUCAAAGAGCUUCUCAUCCUCGCCAGAAACCCAGAAACCGCAAAUUAGCUCGACUAGUGACCGAAAGUCACCCGCAACGACAUUCUUGGAAUCUAAGGUCGUGGAUAAUAAUGUUGCAAAUAAAAAAGACGUUGCGGAAAGUUUGGACAAUGCCACUCAUACGAAUGGUACCAUAAUGCACGGUUUGCGACAGCCGCUUUCCGUAAUUACAGACAAGACUUACAAUCGCGCCUCGAGUGGCUUGCUGCUCAAGAGAGACGGUUUCAGAAGACGUCAUUCCGACGGGCUUUUGGCGAUCUCAGAUAAGAGACCAAGAUAUCAAGAACCCACUAGUUCGACCUCCUCGAUGAAUAAUACCGACGUGCUUAAGAGCACAAAUGAGCAAUCUUCCGCAAUUCCUACCCAAGAUUUGCCCGGAAGUCAGAAUUGUCAGACACCACGAAAUUGCAAUGCAAAUUCCGAUAACUUCCCAGCAAGCUCAGCAGGUUCUUUUGCUACUAACGGCGAUAUGUGGAGACCCUGGUGAUCGUUAUUGCUAAAAAUGAAAGAUUAAAAAUAUUACGAAAUUGAACAAUUAUUUUGGAAAUAUUUAACA